GAGACGGCGUCGCGUCGGUCCAAGCGAUGGCAGGCGUACAGGGAGGGUAAGCCCCUGCCGGACGACCUCUCGCACGAGCAGACCCGGGUGAGCCGCCCCGAUGGCGCGCUCAAGACGCUGAUGCGCAAGGGCGUGCCCCAUGACCUGAGGCCCAAGGUGUGGAUAGCCGCGUCCGGCGCGGCUUCGAAGAAGUUGAGAGCGCCCCGCGCGUAUUACAAGAGGCUCAGGUCCUUACCCGUGGAGAAGGCGGUGAGGGACCAGGUGGACAUCGACUUAAUCAGGACGUUCCCGGAGAACUCCAGGUACAACACUGAGGUUGGUAGGGAGAUCUUGCGCAGGGUGCUGCUGGCGUACGCGAGGCACAACCCGGGCACGGGGUACUGCCAGGGCAUGAACUACGUGGGCGCGUUCCUGUGGCUGGUGCUGCGGGACGAGGAGAUGGUGUUCUGGGUGAUGGUGUGUUUGCUGGACGACAUCUGCCAGCCGGGGGUGCACGCGCCGGACAUAAGGGGAACGAUCAGCGAGUACAGGGUGCUGCACGGGCUGCUCGCGACACGCGAGCCCAGGCUGCAACGGCACUUCGAGAAGACGGAGACGGACCUGGUGAUGAUCGCGUCCAAGUGGCUCCUGUGCUUCUUCACGGAGUCGCUACCCCCGGAGUCUGCGGCGAGGGUGCUGGACGCGGUGUUCAGCGAGGGGUUCAAGGUUUGGUUCAGGGUUUGCCUCGCCAUGUUGAAGCUCAACGAGUCCGAGCUUCUCAAGUGCGAUUCGCUGCCGGAUACCAUGCAGCUGCUGCAGAACUCCUUC